CAUUAUUUGCGUCAUCGUUUGAUAUCUUUGAUGCCUUUAUCUAAUCCCCCUAUAAAAAAAUUCUGCACACUUUACUGUGAAUUCAUGCCAACCCACAAUGAAGUGUCUUGCUCUUGUUGGAGUGCAUUGUCUUGAGCCUUUGGAAAAGUUGACCAGUGUGUACAAAGCAACGAUACGGUGCAUCCUUUGGUAUUUCGUCCUCAUGGGAGUGCUUUGCAGCAGCGGUCCAGCGAGGGCUCUGGAGAUCACCAUGAACAGUAACCACUACCACACCGCCAGGGGGUCAAAUGUCAAGCUGGCCUGCUCCUACACUCACAACAUGACCACCACGCAGUACACGGAGAUCACGUGGAGUAUUGUGUCUGUGACAGAAGAUGAAAGGCACGUCAUUUGGUUUACUGAUGGGCACUUGACUUCUGAUAUGGACAAAGCACUGAAGGGGAGGGUCCGUUUCACAUCAUCUGAUCCGACAAAUGGAGAUGCUUCCAUCAUCAUCAAAGAUGUUCGUCUCUCAGACUCCGGGUCGUACCGGUGCUUUGUGAAGAAAUUACCUGAUCUGGACUUUAAGAGCGUGGACCUAACUGUCAUGGAACUCCCCAGUCAGCCUCAGUGCAGUGCUGGCAGGGAAUUUGCAGGAAGCUCCGGCAUGACUCUGAGAUGCAGAUCCUCACACGACAACAACCCUUUGAGGUACGCCUGGACCAAGGCCAGUGGAAAUCUAGUGAUGCCUCCUAAUGCCGUCGUGGAUCCUGUGGUAGGCACCUUGCGUAUGGACAAAAUCUCCGAGCGGGACUGUGGGAUUUAUCGCUGCACGGUGAAGAGCAUGGUGAACACCAACUACUGUGAUGUUGUCCUCAAGUGUCCGCCGCUGUCCCAACAGCACACCGAAGUUGACAGUCCGCAGCCACUGACAACCAGCGCAGUCUCCUCCAUUGCUGUCUUAGUCACCCUCUCUGUGCUCGGCCUUGUUGCCGGUGCCGCUGUCUUCUUUUGGCGCAGAAAAAAGACGUUUGUGGUCCGCGAUGACACACCGGAUGUAUAAUAGAUGUUUUCUGCUGGGCUUUGUUUUUUUUUUUUUUGUUGAUCGAUUUCUCUUCCUACUUUUUUAUGAGGUUAUCUUUGAAUUUUUGACUGCAGCAGCAUUUCAAUUUGAAUUUGAAUUCUUUCAAUUGUGUAAUUUUGUAUACAUUAUUUUAUUUAAAAGUGUGGAAAUGUAAUUUUUAAUGUUUUAGUAAGUGUUGAUACAUUUGGAAAUAAAAGCCAGAAAAUGGAAA